AUGUUUACAGGCGCUUCGUUUGGUCGUACUGCGUUGUUACGGUAUGAAAGAGCUGAUAGACGUUCGACUCGGGCUGCCGAUGAUAACCUGCCAUCGGAUGGUGAGGUUGAGUCUGAAGAGUUGAAGGAUGAUUUAACUGUAAAUGGAUUAGAAAUUGACGAUUCAUUUAUUGAACGUGCGGGACAUGUUAUGGCAACAGAAGCUAGGACUGGUGUAACUAUGGAGAUGGAUCGUAAGAUGAAAAUCACUUGUGAUAUCGACGAGGCGAUAUUACAGGCCGAGUUGGAGAAUGACGCCGAUGGUGUAGUUUCUCCAAAAAUUAUGUGCGGAAGUCAGGGCCGUUCUGGGCGUAGUGGAUCGAGUCAACCCACUGUAAUAACAUCAUUUUCAGGUUUCCUGGACAUGGAAGAUAGUAUAUCUUCAAGGUCACCUAGGUCAUCUGCCGCUGCUAGAUCACCUAAGGGCACUUCGACAAGUGAGAGUGUUAUCAAGAAAGGUGUGUCUGUUGAGUCAAAGGUUGCGUCUCCUGAACGUGAUGUCCAUCUGAAAAAGGCCGUUGGUAAUCCCGAUGACGGUUGUGUGAAGGUCUCUACGUCAUCGGAUAAGUUGGUACCUGCAGAAUCGAAGGAGCUUGGUGGAUCCGUCAGUGUGUCAUCGUCUGUGAAUACUGGCGAUGACCAAGAGAAUGCCAAGAGGUCUAAGGUAGCCCAUGAGGGUAGUGGAGGCAUCUAUUACGAUGAGCAUACUCACAAACCGUUAAACCCUCCUAAAAAGCAGCAUCAACAGAGGGAAAAGAUUGACCAGGAGCACAUUUCGCAAUUGCUAUUGAACCAAUUCACUCACCCUGAGAACAAGCCAAAGGCCAAAGAAGGUCAACAAAACGGUCGUAUAUGGAGUCGUCUUAAAGAUAUAGCUAUCGGGAAGUCUACCAAGGGUUACCAGAACUACAUUAGGAAGGUCCCUCUUGACCAACGUGCGUCCGAUGACCCUCAUACUCCUAACCUUCGUGAGAAUGUGUCCGCGGCAAGGUUUCAAGUGAUUUACCGCAAAUGGCGUACUGAUCUUCACAAGUACGAUAACCUGCGGCGCUGCGAAUACCUCAGCGAGACCGAGGUUAGGCUACUGUGCGAAAAGGCUAAGGAGGUAUUAAUUCAAGAGAGUAACAUCCAGCGCGUGGACGCUCCUGUAACUGUUUGCGGGGAUAUCCAUGGACAAUUUUAUGAUUUCAAAGAGCUACUGGAAGUUGGUGAAGAUAUACCUAAAACGAACUAUUUAUUUUUGGGUGAUUUCGUAGAUCGUGGGUAUUAUUCUGUGGAGACGUUUUUGCUACUGCUUUGCUUCAAAGUACGAUACCCAGAUCGUAUAACGUUAAUCCGAGGUAACCAUGAAUCUCGCAAUAUCACACAAGUAUACGGAUUCUACGAUGAAUGUAUACGUAAAUAUGGAAGUGUAAACGUAUGGAGCUACUGUACGGAAAUAUUUGAUUACUUUGCGAUAGGGGCAUUGAUCGAUGGUAGUUUUUUCUGUGUCCAUGGCGGACUCUCGCCAUCGAUAUCCACUAUAGAUGAAAUUAGAUAUCUAGAUCGCAAACAAGAGGUCCCACAUGAGGGACCCAUGUGUGACCUUAUGUGGAGUGACCCUGAAUCUAUGGACGGAUGGGGAGCCAGUCCUCGGGGCGCAGGAUUUCUCUUUGGUGGUGACGUUGUUCGGCAAUUCUGUCACCAAAAUAAGGUAUAUAACAUAGCAAGGGCACAUCAGCUUGUUAUGGAAGGGUACAAGUGGUGGUUCAACAAGACACUUGUCACGGUCUGGUCCGCGCCAAACUACUGUUACCGUUGUGGUAACAUUGCUAGUAUAAUGGAGGUUGACGAAACCCUUAAUUGCACAUUCAAAAAGUUCGAUGCUGUGCCGCCGAACAAACGAGGAGUACCAGCUAAAAAACCGUUCCCGGAGUACUUCCUAUGA